CGAGAUCGUGAUCGUGUACGCGUACUCACACGCCCCGUUGGCGUCGUGUGCGAGGAAACGCAGCGCGCGCGCACCCGUCGUCGUAGGGUGCUCGCCACCGCGAGUCGAGAGAUGGGGAAUGCUCGUUCACCAAGGUGGGGGUUGGUUGAUCGACCGUACCCGCUUUUCUGCUCGUCCUGCCGAGAGCCGAGCCCCGACAUUCAUUCCACCCCGAGCCGGCGGAUCCGCUAGGACGUGCCCGUUCUCCACCUGGUCAGCCAAGAAGGAGCCAGCCGAAGGAGCCCAAGGACUACCGCGAGAGGAAGGCGAAGAGCGAAGGGACGAGCGUCCGCGUAAAAGGGCAAGCCGGCGAAAUCGCUGCGUCUCGAAAGAUGACGUACAACUGGGCGUGGUUGUUGCUGCUGCUGCUCUCGCUGGUCUCGAUAGGCACGUGCCUACCUACGAGCCUGAUGGAGGACACGAAGAAGGCGGACCAGGUCAUGAAGCCGAAAUCAAAACGAACGCAGGAAACGUUGAUGUUCGGCAAUCAGCAGAAUCGACAGGUUGCCAAUGCCGCCGCCAACGCCGGUGAAUCCUUCACCUCGAACGCGGAGAAACGAACCCUUGCUGCCUCGGGGCUGGGUGGCUUAAAAGCGGCUCUUGCCGAGGACGAUAAACCAUCCCCAGCUCUGAAAUCGCCUAGCAACGCUAUGUACGAGCACGAGGCGUACUCGCCAUAUGACAAAAAUUACGACUAUAGUAAAGUCAUGGUGAACGAGGUCGAGGAGGAUAUACCGCGAGUGUGGGAUACGAUGCCGUAUUCGCAGUAUUACGCGAGCGAAGAUCGGCGGAAGAGAUCGGACAGGUCGACCGCGACCGUGCGGCCGAGCACCACGUGGCAGCCCCCGACGAGUUCGUUCCAAACGAAACGAUCCAGCCUUGUGCCUACCGAGCAACCUGCUCAAGUUAAGAGGAGCGUCCCGUUCUAUCAGGAACCGCGAUAUAAGCGAGAGCUGUCUCUGGAUAUCAACCCUAACGACAUGUUGACUCUCUUGUCACUGUGGGAGAACGAACAGCGUAACGGAAACUGGCGCAAAUACCCUAACGAGGAGUACGAGAUUGACGACGGCGAUUUCCUUGACGAGGAAGACGGUAGAAACGCUCUCCCGUGGCUGACGCCGGUGUAUCCCUCGCGGCACUACGACACAUUGUCGCCCUCCGACAUCGGAAUAGUCCGGACUCACCCGCCGAGCUAUUACGAGCAAUACGGAAAGCAAUUGGAGCAGUACGAAGACCCCGCGCAAUACGGCAAUCAUGUUAAUCCGCAAUACGAUUUCCUUUAUCCUCAACGUGCCGCGUACUAUCCCCAGAAGAGGUUUAUGGUGUCCAAGAAGCGAACGCAGAGCUACGAUCCGUACUCGGCCGCUCAGCUGCGGUUAAGCUCCCAACCGCGAAGCUACCAGUAUCCUCAUCGAAUGGUCUACUAAGUAAUUCGCGACGUUUUGGGGCUGGGGCUGCCUAGAGGCGCGCGCGAGGAGAAGCGAGAUGUCUCUCGGAUGGAGAUUCUACCGGAAGGCAAAGGAUAUUAGCAGCCGACGUUCCCUUGGACUUUGGAGUCGGAGCUCUCUUUCCACGAACGGCUCUCGCCCGUCGCUCCUCCUCAGCUAUCCUCCCUUUCUGUCGCAAGAGGCGGAACAAGCAACAGUCGCGGAUGAUGCGGCGACGAUGCGGAUUUACCCGUUCUAAGAAACACGGUGCUCACAGAGAGAAGCUUUCCUCGGAUUCGCAAGAGCCGCGCUGAACAACUGAUUGUGAGAGACGUGAGAAACUGAUCUUCCAUCAUCCAGUCUUUUUAGUCCAAGUAUCUCGGAAUAGAACAUAACACAAAUAUAAAAAGCGAUAAAUUCGCGUUUAGGAUAUAGCAUUUUACCGUGGUGACAAGAAUCAACCUUUUGACGGGUCCUUCACAGAGGCCGUUUAGUAAGAAUUUUAUGAUGCAGCUUGUGAAACAUAUCAGAGUCUACGACUCAAUAUUCGGAACAAUUUCUUGUUCCGUUUGAAAAAGCAAGAUCGUCGAGGAAACCGAUCAGUUUCGAUCGAGCUCUCUUUCUCUUUCUCUCUCAAUCCGAUCCUGCGAUAAUACUUAAAAAGAAAAAAAAGAAGUUUCAGCGCGCUCUUGUUACUUAUACUUGCUUAAUGGUAAUGUUACAAUUUUAAGCUCCUUUUGCGUGUAAUACGGGUGUAAUACGCGACGCGCCCGUAAUAACGCUACGACUGAAUCUUUAAACAAUCGUAGUAUCGAAUCAAAUUACCCUCAGGCUUGGUUUCGACGACUUUGUGACUGAUAAAACACCCAACACCCACACACACACAAACACACCCACAUAUAUGUAUACAUAUAAUACAAAUAUGUACAUGAGACGAUAUAGUUUUGUUUAUGAGUUAGCAUGAGACUAGAUGUAGAUAUAUUCGUCUAUUAUAUACUAGAUAAUUCGAGCGAGUAGGAAUUGAGAGAACGUGGAGAGAACGAAAAGGCGAAAGAGACAUAUUCGACGUUGUAUAUGUAUAAAGCGAUGAAAAAGAAUAGAGGCCGACCGAAAUUUACCGUGUGAGAUUAAAUUCCACUUUAGUAUGCAGAUUAUGAGAACUGCGCGUUAGAGCGUUACCGUGAAAUCUCUAGAAAACUUGUAGCGGUCGCAUCAACAAAAGCAGAGUGUCAAGACAUAUAUAUACAUGUUACGUCGUUUAACCAAGGAAAUGCGAGCCGAACGUUGAUCGACCGUCGCGUCGCGUUGCGUCGUCUUUGUCAUAUUUCAAUUAUCGGUGUCUGUAUUUUUGGAAAACGAAGAACGCUCGAAGAAGAAGAAGAAGAAGGAACAAAUGCGAGCAUAAUAUCCUUGAGGGGUUUAUCCUCGUAAGGGAUUUAUCUUCGAACCAAACACGGCCUUCCAUAUUCAACACUCCGAGGAGACUGACAAUUUUUACAUAAUUAAUUAACAUAACUACACUUUACAUACAUGCGUAACGUCUUCACUAACGAAGUUACAUGUUGUGCUUUUGUUCCCUGCCGACGUUUGAAUUAAUUAUAGAUACUGAGUGUCCAGCACGUUCGUUGCUUUUUAUUUAUGAAUUCGUCGAGCGAAGUUGACUUUUUCCAUAUUCUUUUUAGGAACACUGGCACACGUGUGCCAUACGUCCAGUUCUUUUUAAAUUUUAUUAUUAUUGAUAAAAGAAAAAAGCGAACAAUAUUCACCACAGUAUUUUCAAUUUUUUUCAUGCUUUUCUUUAUUCACACGCACACACACACACACAAAAUUGCUAUGGAUUUAAAUUAAAUGAAUCAAAUAUAACUAAAAAGUGAAAUCUCUUGAAAAGAAUCCAUCCUUGAAGAGAUAUUAAAUCUAUUCGUGCCCAUAUAGUGUCAGAUCGAAAAACAAAUUUUGUUGAUUACAGAGUGCCAGCGGCGAUGUGAUAAAAUCUGCUAACGGAAUAUGAUGGCAUCAGAUUGACUUCGUAAUCAUUUGAAUGACACAUUUAAAUAGUUAUGAGAUGACAGAUUCUGCUGGAAUCUGCUGGUAAACUGUCAACGUAUCGCUAACACUUUGCUCUCUAAUUAAAGCUCUUCGUUUAAAGCAAGAAAGGCCGGAGCACUCUCGCAAGUCUGGAACAACGUCCUUCCGAGGACAACCGAAUACGCGAUAACGGGGAACCGUUCAUAAUUUUGUUCGGGACAUUUAUUUGUUGUCCAACGUAGUUACGUUCAGAUUAGCGAUAUAAGUUUCAAAAAAGACACACACACAUAGACAGAGACAUACGCAUCAGAAAUAUCCGAUAUUCGCGAUGCGCACGUAAUGUCGGACAGGCGGUAACGAUCGCAAACGAAAGGGAAUCAGCCAAUUAGCUUUACUCUUCUCGAAUAAUCUUUUGCAACAACGCACGAUCAAUGUUCAAAGCAGGUUUGCCUGAAAGUGUGUAUUUUUGUUACAUGUAUGAUGGUAAAAAAAAAAGAAAAAAAAAAACGGCAGCGGCCGCGCAUAACGUGCACAUAUAAUUUUUCUCCCUCGCGCACACGUGAUAUCCCGAUUUACACGUUCAACGUCUCUUCCUGUUACCGAUAGUGAUUACGCCGUUAUCAUUAAGACGAAAGCGAUCCUUUCCUUUUCUUUUUCCCUUAUUUUUAUAAGUAAAGCAUCGAUUGUCUCUCUCAAUCACAUGAUUUGGCGACGGUUAAUUUUUGUCUACGAAAAGUUGUGGAAAUGAAAAAUGAUAUGUGUGUGUGUAUAUAUAUAUACAUAUAUACACAUACACACACUAUCCAAUAUGAUGUCUGAAAUGAAAGUGUCGUCUCUGUCUCCUUUUGUGAAAUGUACAGCAGGAUCCGUUCUCCGUAUGGGAGCUGCGAGCAAGAGAAUGCUGCGGCGGUGAUCAAUUUCGAGACGAUCGUUUAAGUUUAAAGUUUAAGCCAAUCUCGAUCGACAAUUAACUUAUAAUUAAUUUUUCAAUGAUGAUAUAUAAUAUUAACUGAUAAGUAAUAUAUAUAUAAUAAUAACUAA